AAUUUACCAAAUAUGCAGAAUGCUGUGACAAAUUAGAACACUAAAGCAUUACUUAAGUGCUGUCUGAGCUUAAUAGUGUCAGAGAAUCAUAAUCAUAGUAAGGCAUAAGCAUACCUGUCUUCUAUUCCAGACGUGGGGAUCACCAGAAUGGAGCUCUCUUGCUUCCCCUGUUGGGCCGUUCUCCUUCAGGUCCUCCUAAUCAUUAUCAUGGCAGACUCUGGAAUGGCCAGAAAUAUCAACUUUCACAACUUUUCCCCACCAGUCGAUCCAACUCCCUUCCCAAACAGCUUCAAGUGUUUCACCUGUGACCACGCAACAGACAAUUACAAUUGCAACCGAUGGGCAGAAGAUAAAUGGUGCCCCCAAUAUACAAAUUACUGCAUGACGGUGCAUCACUUUACCAGCCAGGGGAGGAGCAAGUCUGUCACUAAGAGAUGUGCAGUGAAGGAAGACUGCCAUGCAGUGGGUUGCCGCCACCACAGGGACACGGGGCACACGGAAUGUAUCUCUUGCUGUGAGGGGAUGGUGUGCAAUGUGGAGGUCCCUACAAAUCACACAAACGCAGUGUUUGUCAUCAAGCAGUCUCGGAGCUCCUCGGGGGACAAGGGUAGGACGUUGAGCUCUGCAGCUUUCUCACUAACAUUUCUGACUGCUUUGCUGCUGUCGUGACAUGUAUGAGACAUCUUGAGUCCUCAAGAACAAGGAGAAGUAUCUUCAGUGCGCGCAAACCUCUCCAAGAAGAAACUACUGUAUGAAGGAAAACUGUUGGCAUGGUACAUGAUACUGCUCGAUCAUUACAUGCUUAUACAGGGCCUUAUCAGGGCUGCAUCCAGGAAAAAUGACCACUGAAGGAUACAAACUGGCUAUUAACCAAGGAGUUACAAUACCCAAGUGAUUUGAAGUUGAAAAUGUCAACUAAUCGUAUUUGGCCUCAAGGUGGGUCUUACAUUUGUUGUUCAGCCUUUUAACAAUGCACGGCUGCUAUUUUAAAAAAUUAUAUUAAUUUUACAAGUCUUCUUGAGGCAUUGGGUGUGAGGCUCUUAUUACCAACAUAAAGUAACAUAAGAGACACUGGAUUACUCAUCCAACAAUGGGAAACUGAGUCCAGCAAAUUGUAGCACAUGAAGACUGUUGGAGGACUUCUGAACUGUAUUUGAUGCAUAUUUCUUCAAAUUAUUUUGUCUACACUUUCCUCCAAGUUAUUUGUAUACUUUCUGAGGAGUCAAUGACUAUAUAUAUGGGUCUAAAGGGAAAAGUCAAAUUGCAAUUAGCACUUCCUUUAUUUCAAAGAAACUAUGUAAUUAAGGCAAUGGUAUUUGCAGUGUUAGAUGUUUAAAUAUAAUAUUUUUAAAAUAUAUAAAAUCAGAACUUUUGUAAUAUUUGUAUAUUGAUCUAGUAUUUACAGUUCAUCCACGUUCCCAAAAUAGCACAAGACAGCAUGCACAGUACUUUGUAAGCUUUAAAUGUUUGGGAGGAGAGUAUUCAAAAUGUUCAUAUAUUCAAAAUGAUCUAGACAAGAUUCAGAACUGGGCAGACACAUGGCAAAUGACA